AUGCCUGCCGACAUCCGCAGCUUCUUCGGUGGCGGCCCCAAGCCCACGUCCGGCAACCAGGGCUCACAGAAGCAAGACGAAGAGCCACCCAAGAAGGCAGCCAUCAGGAAGAAGGGGCGAGUCAAUCGUGUUGUUGACGACUCUGACGAUGACGAGGGAGACUUAGUAAUAUCGAAAAAAGCCACGCUCCAGCAACCGCCGCCUAAAAAGAUCAAGCGGGAACCGACUCCCAAUUUAGAAGAGACUACGACCUCGGCCUUCUUCGCGAGUACAAACAUGCCCAAGCGCUCUGAGCCCUUUCAAAAGAAGGUCCUCAACAUGCCCAAAGACACACACAGGGUAACGCCGACCAAAGCGCAUGGAAAAGCGUCCAAGGUCGCAACUUCAACUUCCAACGGGAGGGCUUCUGGCAGAACUAGGAAGCCUGUGACAUCUUAUGCAGAGAGAGAUGACGACGAUGAAUUUCCAGACGAUGAUUUCGCUGAGGCCGACGACAUCUUCGGGGAUGAAGUCAAAAGCAAGGGAAGAGGCAAGGACGACUACUCUGCAUCAUCCGAAAGCGACCACUACGUCGCAGUGCACCUGCCGCACCGUGAAACACCCCGAGCCCUACUUGGAAGGAAGCUUCUUAAAAACGAGGACGACUUUAUGCCAGGGGAGGAUGACGUAGAAAUGAAGGAUUCAAGUGCGGAGGAAGAUAUGCCAGAAUCUCAAGAAGAUAAGCAGGCUAUGAAGAGCAAACGCAAGACGCCUACCUCUGUCGGACACAAACGGAAAUCGCCUGAACUCGACGCUAACGAGGAAAAGAAAGACGAAGACAGAGAAGAGAUCAGGCCCAAAAAAGGCUUCGUUAAAAAAGACACAUGUGCAAAGUCGCCUGUGAGGAAGAAAGCGAGAAAGGAAGAGGUGGCAGAAAGCGCUGAUAUUCAAGCCAUCUAUGAUAGUAUUCCCACAGUUCGUGCACCAACCCCGCCAGCCAGGAACCCUGACGCCAAGUUCGACUGGAGGGCAAAUGCAGGACGAGCUGACCCUGCACCGCUUUCAGGGUCUUCUGGAGAUAUGCCAUCAGGCUCUGAGACCUGUCUUGCUGGUCUCAAUUUUGUUUUCACCGGCGUUUUGCAAAGAUGGGGUCGUACAGAAGCGCAGGAAUUAGUCAAACGUCAUGGAGGCAAGGUCACAGGUGCGCCGAGUAAGAAGACGAAUUAUGUUGUACUAGGAUCAGACGCUGGCCCUAGCAAGCUACAGAAGAUAAAAGAUAUGGAUAUCAAGACCAUUGACGAAGACGGCCUUACUCUUCUCAUCGAAAAGCUAACAGAGGCGGGUAAUAAGGGCGACUCGAAGGCGCAGGCUGCCUACAAGGAGCAGCAGCGGAAAGAAGAGGAAAAGAUCCGCAAGCAGGCUGCGGAGCUCGAACAGGAAGAAAUGAUACACAUGAAGGAUAUGAAAGUUGCAAAUGCAGCAUCCGGACGCCAGACUGCUACGAAUGCCGCUGCCACUGCAGAGCCAAUUAUUGAUUCUCGACUUUGGACUACCAAAUAUGCGCCAACUACUCUUAGUCAGAUUUGCGGGAAUAAAAUCGUGGUUGAGAAAAUCCAGCGCUGGUUACAGAUGUACCCCAAGAAUCUCAAGACCGGAUUUAAGCUCGCCGGUAAAGACGGCAGCGGAGUUUUUCGUGCGAUCAUGCUUCACGGACCCCCAGGCAUCGGGAAAACUACUGCGGCACAUCUAGUCGCGAAGCUUGAAGGAUAUGACAUUGUGGAGCGCAAUGCCAGUGACACCCGCAGUAAAAAGCUGAUUGAGGAUGGCUUGCGAGGAGUCCUGAACACAAACUCACUCCACGGAUAUUUUGCCGGGGACGGAAAGAACGUAGAGGAGUCGAAGAAGAAGUUGGUAUUGAUCAUGGACGAAGUCGAUGGAAUGUCUGCAGGUGAUCGGGGAGGUGUUGGUGCUCUUGCCGCGGUCUGCAAAAAGACUGAAAUCCCAAUGAUCUUGAUCUGCAACGACAGACGAUUGCCGAAGAUGAAGCCUUUCGACUUUGUGACCUAUGACCUUCCCUUUCGCCGACCAACGGUAGACCAGGUCCGCUCUCGGAUUAUGACUAUUGCCUUUCGAGAAGGCUUGAAGAUACCAGGGCCUGUUGUAAAUGCGCUGAUUGAAGGGAGUCAUGCAGAUAUUCGUCAGGUUGUGAACAUGAUCUCUACUGCGAAACUUGAUCAGGACGCCAUGGACUUCGAUAGGGGCAAGCAAAUGUCCAAGAGCUGGGAAAAGCACGUCAUCUUGAAGCCGUGGGAUAUUACACAAAAGAUUCUUGGCGGAGGCAUGUUCGCUAGCAGCAGCAACGCUACACUCAACGACAAAAUCGAACUGUACUUCAACGACCAUGAGUUUAGUCCUUUGAUGUUGCAAGAGAAUUAUCUGGGUACAAAUCCGAUUCUGUCCCUGGGUCUGUCUGGCAAGGAGAAAAAUCUCAGAAAUCUCGAGCUUGCAUCUCAAGCGGCUGAUAGUAUCAGCGAUGGUGACCUUGUCGAUCGGAUGAUUCACGGCUCGCAACAGCAAUGGAGUUUGAUGCCUACGCAUGCUGUAUUCAGUUUUGUGCGACCGGCAAGUUUUGUAUCUGGCAGCACUGCAAACAAUCAAACACGCUUCACUUCGUGGCUGGGCAAGAACAGCAGUGGGAACAAGCUGAGCAGGAUGAUCAAGGAAAUCCAAGCUCAUAUGAGAUUACGGUCUUCGGGAGAUCGGCACGAAGUCCGACAGCAAUAUGUUCCUAUUUUGUGGACAGAGCUAGUCCAAAAGCUGCAGAAACAAGGCAAGGACGCUGUUCCGCAGGUAAUUGAGCUGAUGGACAGUUACUUCUUGACAAAGGAUGAUUUCGAUGCCAUCAUGGAAUUGGGUGUCGGGCCGAUGGAUCAAGACAAGAUCAAGAUAGAGUCCCAGGCCAAGGCGGCAUUCACACGAAUAUAUAACCAGCAGUCUCAUCCACUGCCCUUCAUGAAGGCUUCUUCAGUAGUCGCGCCCAAGAAGCAGGUAAAGGAAAAGCCCGACCUUGAGGAAGCCAUCGAAGAAUCCGACGACGGUGAAGUUGUGGAGGAAGUCAAAGAGGAUGAUGACGAUGUUGACCUGUCCAAAGACAAGUACGUCAAGCAACCUAAGAAAAAGUCGGUGGCCAAGAAAGCGACAACAGCGGCCAAGCGAGGUCAGAAGAAGGCAAGCGAUGAAAGCGAUGAGGGAGAAGAAAACUACGUCAGACCAAAGGGUAAAGGCAAGGCCAAAGCGCCAGCCAAAGGGAAGAAGUGA